UAUAUAUUAUGUAUAAAUAGAAACCCCAUCAUAUGAAUAUAUGUAUACCUUCUCUCUCUCUUUCUCUAAUUAUUACUUGUAUUAAACUUCGCGUGUAUCCUCAUGGCUUCUCCCUUUCUUUAUGUCCCUUCUAAACACGGCAAUGGAUUACAAAGUUUCACAGAUCCGUUUUACAUGGAGUAUACACGUAAUAUACGAGAGAUGAAGAACGUAAUGAACAGUAUUAUUUUGGCUGAUGAUGAUUAUCGUGAACGCUCCAUAGAAGCUUUGAACUUGGUCAACGCUGUGCUUAGAGUCGGCAUUGAUUAUCAUGUCCAAGAUGAGAUUAAAUCUAUCCUUGAAAGGGAACAUAUAAUUUUCAGUGACCAUAUUAGUAACCAAUAUUUUAAUAAUAUUAAUCAAGACCACCUGUAUGAGGUUUCUCUUCGUUUCCGAUUACUGAGACAAGGAGGUUAUGAUGUCUCUCCAGAUGUGUUUAACGAGUUGAUGAAGGACAAAAAGGGAAAUUUCAAUGUUUUAGUGGAAGAAGACAGAGAGGGACUAAGAGAAUUGUUUGAAGCCUCACAAGUAAGAAUAGAAGGAGAAGAGGUACUAGAGGAAGCUGAAGUGUUCAGUGGCGAACACCUAAAAGAAUGGGCAAAUCUUCAUCGUCAUACGAGUGAAGCUCGAAGUAUUCAAUUAACGUUAGACCAACCUUGUCAUAAAAGCUUGGCCAGGGUCACAUCUCCAAACUUUUUGGACAGUUUCUCAGCCAACACUGCUACCAGAGACCAAGGCUGGACCUGGAUGACCCUUUUAAACAAACUGGUCACAAUGGACUUCAAAAUAGUUCAGUCUAUUCACCAAAGGGAAAUUGUCCUUGUCUCCAAAUGGUGGAAAGAGCUUGGUUUGGCAGAGGAGUUGAAAUUUGCUAGAGACCAACCCCUAAAAUGGUACCUCUGGACAGUGGCAAGUCUACCAGAUCCAAGCUUGUCUGAAGAGAGGAUUGAACUAACUAAACCCAUUUCUCUCGUCUACAUAAUAGAUGAUAUUUUUGAUGUUUAUGGGACACUAGACGAACUCACUCUUUUCACAGACGCAGUUAAUAAUUGGGAAAUUAAAGAGCAGUUCCCCGACUAUUUGAAGAUAUGUUUCAAGGCACUUGAUGAUAUAACCAACAAAAUUAGCUACGUGGUGUACAGAAAACAUGGAUGGAACCCAAUUGACUCCUUAAGAAAAUCGUGGGGAAAACUGUGCAAUGCGUUCUUGUUAGAAGCAGAGUGGUUUGGUUGUGGGAAGUUGCCAAAUGAAGAGGAGUAUUUGAAGAACGCGAUUGUGAGUUCUGGUGUACACGUGGUGCUAGUUCAUAUGUUCUUUCUCUUAGGUGAAGGUAUAUCCAUGGAAGCUGUAAACUUACUGGACAACAUUCCAGGCCUUGUGUCUUCUACAGCAGCAAUUCUUCGUCUUUGGGAUGACUUAGGAAGUGCCAAGGAUGAGAAUCAAAAUGGGCAUGAUGGGUCUUACGUUGAGUGCUACAUGAAAAGACACAAGGAGUGUUCAAUGGGCGAAGCAAGGGAGCAAGUGAUUCGUAUGAUUAAAAAUGAGUGGGAACGCCUCAAUAAGGAGUGUUUCUCGCCAAAACAUUUUCCCAUGUGCUUCAGAAAGGGUUGUCUUAAUGCUGCUAGGAUGGUUCCAGUGAUGUAUGACUAUGAUGAUCAUCAUCGCCUUCCAAGCCUCCAGAAUUAUAUCAACUCACUUCUCUCUCAUCAAACAAUAUAAUACACUCACUACUCACUAUAGUGAUUAUAUAAAUAAAUAAAUAAAUAUGUACUUUGAGGUCUCGUAAUUAAUAAGAUAGAAUGAGUGAUAAUAACUUUUAAUUCUCAAACAUAAAUGAGAAUUGAAAAGACAUAGUGAUUUAUUAAUAAAGAAAAAAAAAUUAAAAUUUCUCGUACUUAAAUUUAUAGCUAGAGUUUCUUUUUUUUUUUUUUGUCAAGCUCGCGACUUUGUUUGGACUUAGGUCCAGUUUGGUUGGAGUUAUGUUUUGCUACUGUUAUUAGAUUUGUUUCUGUGAUAUGGUUUUGAGUGAUUUAGUCU